GGCCUCUUAUACUUCUUUCUUUGCCAGAAUUAAUUAAUGCAUCAAUGUCCUCGUGUGGCUCUCUCAGACUACAUAAAACCCCGAAAAGAAAUAAUCCAAUCUUCAUCGGUGCUUCAAUUUGCCUUCAAGGCUGUUGCAGUGAUUAUUUUUUGUUCUCCAAGUCAUGGACAUGGCGAAAAAAGCGAUACUACUUCUCCUCACUGUUAUGGCUGUUUCUGGGGUCUCCCCCACUGUUUACACCGUGGGUGAUGUUGGCGGUUGGUCGUCGUUGUGUGUGGUUAACUACACUGAGUGGGCUGCUGCCAUAGAAUUUCAAGUUGGAGAUAUUCUGUAUUUUGAGUACGACCCGGGGUUUCAUAAUGUGGUGCAAGUGAGGCGGGAAGACUACCAUGCAUGCAACGCAAAAAAUCCCAUAGCCACCUACUCGUCAGGCAAAGACUACAUCAAAAUCAAGAGCCCUGGCCAUUACUUCUACAUCUGCGGUUUUGUUGAUCAUUGUAAACUCACUGACCAGAAGGUUGAUAUUAGGGUCCCUAAACAUCAUUGAAUUAACUUCUUAGCAAGUUUAUGUAGAGUUGUGGCUCUCAUAAAAAUAAUCAGUUAGCUCAAAUGCAAGAAAUUUCAAUCAAAUAGAUAUGUAUCCUUGGUCAUACCAUUGAACAAAGUAAAACUUGUUGAUCGGCAGUGUAGCUAAGUACAUUUGGAUAAUGACCAUCUAUU